UAUCGAACAUCGUCAAGCAUUCUACAUCUAGAAUUAGACUGGUAGAUACGGAGGAUUGGACAUACCUUUGCAUUCGUCUGCCCGCCAUGUCGAACGGGAAGAAACCCUCGCACAUCGCGUUGCCGGCGAAACCAUCACCGCAAGACGUGUUUUCCGCCUCUUCAGCUCUCGACUCUGCACCUACCCCAUCAUCCGCCAAUGAAUCGCCUUCUGGGACUCUUCACCGCAAUGUCUUCGACUCUAUCAACUCCCGCAAAAGCAACAAUCGGAGCCACUUGAGCCCUUCUUUUGGAGGUGGUUCGAGGAAACCGACUUUCGUGGAGCAAGUCCAUCCGAGAUUGAGGGGUGCGAGCGGUACGCAUGAACGGCCGGCCAGACAAAGCUUUUCCAGUCAGAAUCGUAGGGCAAGCAGGAUCACCAGCAUGCAUAGUACCAAGAGGAGAACGUUGAUGAGCCCUGGAGCGGAUGGAGAUGAGGUUGGAAGUCAAUUUGAAGCGGAAGGGAAGCCUGCUAUCCCGGUUUUGGUACCGGGGAUCAGGCCAGCAUAUUCGACGCCUUUACCGCUCUUGGCAAUGAUUGUCUUGUCCAUCGCCAUGAUGUCCGAGUUUCUCUCUGCCAACGUUUCGACGCCAUUCAUCCUAAGGAUGGUUCGAGGCUUCUUUCUCUCCGGCGACAGGUCUCACGGAGCUCACCCUGACAACACCGAGACCGAAGCGCUCGUCGGAUUCUGGACCGGCAACCUUGUCAGCGUGUUCUUCAUCACCCAGUUCUUUACGAGCUUGCUGUGGAGUAGUAUUGCCGAUAAGUACGGGCGAAGGUUGGUACUGGUUGUCAGCUUGUUAGGCAGCGCUUUGUCCGUGAUGACAUUCGGAACUUCGCGCUCGCUGCCCGAAGCGAUCUGCGUCAGGCUGGCACAAGGAGUAUUCGGCGGAAGCAUCGGAGUCUUCCGAGGUUCAAUUCGAGAUAUCACGGACCCUACCAAUGAGGCAACGGCUUACGCUAUUCUAGGUUUCGCGUGGGGUAUGGGCGGAGUCGUCGGUCCGAUUAUCGGUGGAGUCUUCGAGAGCCCGGCUGCGAAUCAUCCCACCUGGGCUUUAGGCAAGAUCGAAUUGUUCGCCACGUACCCUUACCUCUUGCCCACCUUGAUCGCCGGAGCGAUUCUGACUACUGGCGCUCUGUUGGCUACUCGUCUUUCUUGGGACGGUGGACCUCGUCGUCCCCGCAUCGCCCUUCCGCUCGACAAGGAAGAAAAUGACGCUGCACCCGCUGUUGAAGCCUCGCCCAGACCUGAAUCAACAGUUGGAACUAUCAGGAGAAAGGCAUCCUCGGUGUUUGCCCCGCAAAGUGAUACUUUGGACCUCACUCCUGCACAGAUGAGGGUUGCAACGAUCAAGGACGAGGAAGCUCAAGAGCGAAACAGGAGAGCUAGUCGUGCCAGCUUCGGUACUGCUUACGGAUACGGUGGGAUCCGAGUCAAGCGAGAGGAAAUGGCAGCUCGAGCUAUGGCUGCCCAGGCCGGAACUUCUACUGACGAUGCUGGUGCUGGUGAAGAUCAUGAGCAUCUCGGCUUGGCGAGAAAGUUCUUGCUAGCCAACGAGGAGAAUACUUUCAACUUGAACGAGCUCUGGGUCAGCGCUGCGACGGCUGCCGAGGAUUCGGCUGUCUUUGAAGACGAGGACGACGAGGAUGAGAACCAAAAUGAAGACGAUUCGCAAGCUGGAUCUCGUCUCGCCACUCCCUCUCGCAGCAACUUUGCCGGCGCCUCGCCUUACCGCGACCGAUCGCCUCUAUUGGACAUUCCCGAACCCGAUCACACACCCAAGCCCCGUCUAGGUGGUCUUUCUGAAGCCGGAUUGAACAACCGACUAUCUUCCAACUUGCAACGCGUUUCCGUAUCGAGCAGAAGGUUCUCCACCGUUUCCCGUCACUUGCCCGCCAUUUACUCCAAUACCGGACUGCAAACACCUCCUGCUAUUGCCGCAGCGUACGAAUCGGACUACCUAGACAGUCAAGGGGAUGGGCCAAGUCACGCUGGCGGUAUGAGCGCCAUCCACGAAGGUCACACUGCCGAGCCAUCUGCCGCGAGUGAGACCGGUACCAUCAGGUUGAGGACGGAGACUGACGAACCGGAGAUCACGCCGUCUGCUGGAGAGUCCAACUUCAGGGCCUUGCCGAAGUUGAUUAUUCUGCAGUAUGGUCUAUUGGCAUUCCACGACACCGUACACGGCCAGGUCUUCAUGACCUUCCUCGUUUCAGAGUACAGGGCCGGUGGGCUAGGUCUGUUCCCCUCGUCUUUCUCGCUCCUGAUCGCCAUCAUGUGCCUGUGUCAACUCUACUACCAGUUCUACCUGUACCCCCAUAUCGGCCCGCCUCGGGGCAAGCUCAGUCACCUUCACAUGUUCCGUCUCGGGAGCAUGCUGUAUAUCCCGGCUUACUUGACUUUGCCGAUGUUGAGGCGAUUCGCCAAUGAAGAGAGUCGAGGCAGUCCUAUCGUCAUGUCAUUGCUGAUCGUCAAUAUGGCUUGUCGUUAUGCUGGAGGAACUUUCAGCUACACCUCGAUCAUGGUCCUGGUUAACGCCAUGUCGCCACCUCACGUAGUGGGAUUGGCCAACGGGCUCGCUCAGUCUCUUGUCUCGUUUGGUCGAUUUGUAGGACCGGUCAUUGGUGGACUCGUGUGGUCAUCCGCUAUGAAGGGUAGCCCAGACGGAUACUAUCAACCCUUCUGGGUGGUCGCCGCCGCAUGCGCUAUCCAGGUAUCCCUGUCGUACCUCAUCCGGUAGCCGAUAGACGCAAAAGGUCGACAUUCCGCUACACUUUGCCCGACAAUCUCGUUUAAUUAUAGAUAGUACAAACCAACCCCCACAUCUUAAUGUAGCCAAUAAUCGGCAGCUAUGUAAUCUGUUUUUAUUACUCCAGUUUCCUCCGUUCCAGACUCUAGUCAAACCGUUGCGACCCCUGCAACCUUGUUCAGCUUCGCUUGUCCGUGCUGUUCGGUUCUUGCCGCGUCCAAGAUCAAAGCGGCCCCUCAGCUGUGACAAGCACGCGGGAUCGCGGGA